GGGCCCCAGGAUGCUGCCUCCCGCUCCGGCGGAGCUCCAGCUCCGGUUUUUCCCUCCACCAUCGUCUCCCCCUCCCCGCCUCUCCUUUAACUCCCCCCUCCUGGGCUCGGGACUGGUUUCCUCCCUUAGCCUGCUGCCCUCAAUCCCGGCGAGGCUGGAGCUCCGCUCGGCAUCCUUUUCCUUGCUCCCUCGCUUGGCGCCCCAUGCUGCCCCCGCCCGGUCCUCGGCUUCCCCUGUCCCCCACGUAGGCCGGUGCACAAAUCCUGGGGUGCUGGCGCGUGGGCCAGGGGCGUGCAGAGGGCUUGCAGACGGCCCCUGCCAGCGCUCUUGGGGGGCUGAGCGCUCCGGAGCCCGGGCGCGGGCAGAGCUGGAAGAGGGUCCGCGUGGGCGCUGGGGGUAUCGGCCACCGACCGGGCUGAUCGAUUAGGGUUCCACAGCUCAGUAGCCACCCCUGGGGGGGGUGAGCGACUUUGGGGGAGUUGGUGCCCCGCCCCCAGGCCUUGGUGGGGUCAUGGGGGCCCCCCAUUCUGGGCCCGGGGGCAUGCGAGUUGGGGCCCUGCUGCUGCUGCUGGGUUUUGGGGGGCUGGUGUCUGGGCUCAGCCUCGAGCCUGUCUACUGGAACUCGGCGAAUAAGAGGUUCCAGGCAGAGGGUGGUUAUGUGCUCUACCCUCAGAUAGGGGACCGGCUGGAUCUGCUUUGUCCCCGGGCCCGGCCCCCUGGCCCCCACUCUUCUCCCAGCUAUGAGUUCUACAAGUUGUACCUGGUAGGAGGUGCCCAGGGUCGGCGCUGUGAGGCACCCCCUGCCCCGAAUCUACUCCUCACGUGUGACCGGCCAGACCUGGAUCUACGCUUCACCAUCAAGUUCCAGGAGUACAGCCCUAACCUCUGGGGCCACGAGUUCCGAUCACACCAUGAUUACUACAUAAUUGCCACAUCUGAUGGGACCCGGGAAGGCCUGGAGAGCUUGCAGGGAGGUGUGUGCCUAACCAGAGGCAUGAAGGUGCUUCUCCGAGUGGGACAAAGUCCCCGAGGAGGGCCUGCGCCCCGAAAGCCUGUGUCUGAAAUGCCCAUGGAGAGAGACCGAGGGGCAGCUCACAGCCUGGAGCCUGGGAAGGAGGGCAUGCCAGGUGACCCCACCAGCAAUGCAACCUCCCGGGGUGCUGAAGGCCCCCUGCCCCCUCCCAGCAUGCCUGCAGUGGCCGGGGCAGCAGGGGGGCUGGUGCUGCUCUUGCUGGGCGUGGCAGGGGCUGGGGGUGCCAUGUGCUGGCGGAGACGGCGGGCCAAGCCUUCGGAGAGUCGCCACCCUGGUCCUGGCUCCUUUGGGAGAGGAGGGUCUCUGGGCCUGGGGGGUGGAGGAGGGAUGGUACCUCGAGAGGCUGAGCCUGGGGAGCUAGGGAUAGCUCUGCGGGGCAGUGGGGCUGCAGAUCCCCCCUUUUGCCCUCACUAUGAGAAGGUGAGUGGUGACUAUGGGCACCCUGUGUACAUCGUGCAGGACGGCCCUCCUCAGAGCCCCCCCAACAUCUACUAUAAGGUAUGAGGGCUCCUCCCACUUGGCUCUCCUCCUUGGGGUGCCCCUCCAAUUUAAACUUGUGGUGUGAGAGACACCUCUCUUUGGCCCCUUUUGCCCCACCAGCUCCUUGGCAUCUCCUGGCUAUAGCCCUCGUCUGCACUUUAGGAUCCCUUAAGACUUCCACCGCACCUCCUCCUGCCCACCUCCCUGUGUCUGGCCGUGGGCACCCUCUGUCUCUUUGUCUCUUGGAGAAGGGACACAGGCUCAGUCUCCUCUCUGAUCACGUUCCCCUCACCCACCCAUAGCAGGGGUGGGGACAGUCUUUCUUUUGGUUGGCACCUCUUUUUGCCUCUCACUGUUUUUCUUUUCUAUCUUUUAUUCUUUCUCUCUCCUGUGUCUAGGUCUGUUCUGUUCCUCUUCCCUAGCCUCCUCCCCCUUACAUCUCCUUUUUCCCUCUUGGCUUCUUGUCCCGUGCCUGGGUAGGGGCACCAAAGCAUUUCUCCCCUUAGCUCUUGGCCUCCUGACCUCUCAUACCAACUGCUCUCCUCAGUCCGCCAGAAACGGGGGCCUUAAUGGGGAAGGCUCUGGCACUCCACCUCCGCUCCGAGCAUGUGGACACAGGGCGGCCUCCUCCUCUGCGCUGCCAUAGGGUUCUACAUACUUACUCCAGCCAUUUGGGGUGGUCGGGUUCACAGCAGCUACCGCGAGAAGAAGUGUCCUUUUGUGUCCAGUGGCUGAUAGCAAGAUAUGAACCAGUGGGGACAUUAUGGACUUGAUCUGAUGCUGAAUGGGCCACUUGAGACAGGAAGUGACUCUCCAGACAAGAAAUGGCCAGGCCUGGACAGAACCGACCUGGGAAGUGGCAGAAGCAGUGCAGCAGGAACUGGAAGUGCCUUCGUCCAGGACAGGAAGUAGCAUUUCUGAAAUAGGAAGUGGUCUGGCUGGAAUUCCAAGUGGCUUAGUCUGGGGUGGGGUUGGGGGGAGUGGAUGGUUCUUACCCUAUGGAGAAGAGGGUCCAGGAGGGACUUCCUGUUUCAGGAGGAAGCUGGAACUUAGACUGAGAGGACAGGUGUGGACUGAGAAUUUUCCUAGUAUUCAGCGGCACCCCCAGGAUCCCCCUUCCCUUGUGCUCUGUGCGACUUUAGGACAGCUAAGAUGACUGCCGUCCGUUGUGGCAGGCCCAGUUUGUCUUGUUUUCCCUUUACUGUAUCCAUUUAAUCUCUGCUGAUCAACAGGACUACCCUAAGAACCCGUGUGUUCUCCCCAGUAACCAGAUGGCUGUCUUGUUUAUGCCUUUCUCCCUUCCAACCCAACACAGCUCCCUUCCUAGUGACCAAAAGGUGGCCUCAACCUGUCUCGCUGACAGUGGUACUUAGCAGUGGAUGCUGUUUCCGUAGUGACAAGCCUGUGCCUCUUCCUGCCCUCUAGUGCACAGUGAAUGGGCUGUUGCCUCACUUUCCUCCCAGCUCAGUUUUAUUAGAUCAAAGCUGCCCUUGGGCACCAAGUUGGCCACCUCAAUCACCAGCCAAAAUGGUUACUUUGUCCACCAGAGGUCAAGUCAUCUCUCUGGCGCUGUAGUUCCCAGCUCCUUCCAGGGCACAGGAAGUUGAUAUUGUCAUGGGGGGAGGUGGCGGGGUAUGGCCGUCACCUCAAUAGUUUUACUGUUAAAGGGAAAAUUGAACAACGAAAUAAAACAAACAAACAAAAAAAGAAUAAAAAACUUCAAAAGCA